CGGGUCAUGUAAACAUGUGCGUGAGCACAUGCUCGAGUGUCACACCACAACACUAUCAACCGUCGAGGCGAACGCAUUGGGAGCGUCGAGUCGAACCGCCGUUCACGGACACGGUCGCUCGCUGUGUGCGUGGCCUACGUCACGUUGUAAGCGGACCAAAUCUUGCAUCUCUGGUUUCGACUCCGCGACAAUUAAGACGAUAAUUAGGAUACAUCAAGACGCGUACUCAUCACACGAGCAGAUGUUGCGGACUUUAACGCGGCGGAAACGAAAACAGAACGUGGCUGCUCUGAUCAGUGAUUCGGUGUUCAACCGAGAGAUUUUCGGUCCUCGAGUGAAGCAAGGCGCGCUUAUCUGAAUGAGGAUUAUACAUAUCUCGUGAGGGCCACAAUGGGUGCGGCCCUCGUUACAAACACCACCUAGCAACGGCGGUUGCACCAUGACGACGUAAGGGUUGCGCUUGCUCGGAUCCUCGCCGUUCGCUCACGCGUUACACACCGAUACCAUUCACUGUGUGCUCCGGCUCCUGUUUUCUCAAAUCGCCAGGCGACUUUACUUGUAAUCCAGCUUGAAGUUGUCAUCAUGCCACGUGCGUUGCAGCGAGUCGAGUAGAUCAUCAGCAAGUGAACGUCACACGGUGAGAUUCGAGGCGACGUCGGUCGUGGCAUCGCUGCUUCUCCUCGUCUCAAUAACAAUAACUCCGCUGCCGCCGAUUGCUUACCUCCCAUAAAACACGGCGGCGACUGGGGCCAUUCAUCAGCGUGCGAAAAGGUACUCGUCGGCCACUUUCCGAGCCCGUAAAUAGCCCACAGCUCCGUCUAUUUCGCGGUCUACUCACCCCGUCUCGCUUUUCCUUCUCGUUCGUCUUAACGCGUUGUUUUGCACCUGGCUGAGCUGUAUGGACUAAUCCGAGGGGGGUGAAGACACGUCGCAGGCGUCGCGGCGCCACUCGCCAAUAACACCUUCAGCACGUUCGCUGAACGACGUAGCGCUACCAUCCUUCCGCGUCUUUCUCGACAUAUAAAUUGUUCGUGCACCAACAGAAAUAACAAUUACACUAUGUUCUUAAGGUUUGCGCAUAUUUUGAAGCUGGUAAUAAAGUUUUUACAUUGUAUCAGAA